UAUUUGGUCACACUGAUGGCGAAUCACAAACACGAAGAAGAUUAAUGGAAUUAAACAUAAACGUUGUUGUUUUCAUUUUGUAUUCUAUGUUGGUUUUAUAUUUACAGUUUUUUGUGAAUAAGUAUACAGAAAUAGUGCGCCGUCUUUAAGUUAAUAUGCUGGGCUUGCAAAA